CAACGAAAAAUGCUCAUUAUGCCUGAUUCAUAUGUUUAUUGAUUUAAACUGAAACUAGUUCUAUAAAUCUACUUUCUAGAAUGAUCCUCUCACUACCUUUGCUGGACAAAUAAUAAUAAUGAAAGGACCUCUUCAAAUUCGACACAUAAAACUGAUACACUGGACUAUAGGUCUCAUUAUUUCAAUGUCUCUAGAUAGUUACCAACAAGAAGACUGCCCCGAUAAAUUUUUUGGUCCAGAAUGCAGAUUCAAGUGUAACUUCUGCCAACAGCAAUGCUCCCCAGAUGGAUGUGGGAAAAAUAUUUGCGUUCGUGGAUAUUUCGGAUACCUUUGCCAGUAUCGUGAUCUGGCCACUCAUUGGGGAGCACCUAUAACAAUUUAUAACGACGGUGAUGUAACAACGUGUCAGACAAAUAACUCGGUGACUAGAGCUUCAAUACCCAUGAUGAUUAUGAGGCUGUCAUUCUUCAUUGUUACAAUAGACAGUUCCAGCGAUGCGAAUAUUGAUGACAUCACCUUUGAACCGUUUCAAGGUAAUAGUGUACAACAAUGCUUCUCAGGGAACUACUCAUAUAAAUUAACUUCUUUCAGCAAGUAUUUCAAAUGCGCUACAAUAAACAACGUGACAAGUAUUCUUUUGAGUGGAAAAGGAGUGAGUCGUCUCUGCACAGUUACCAUCUCAGGAGGUCGCAACCUUGCAAUCAAGCAGCGGUACAAUUAUAGUUCUAUAUCCAGAAACGCUGAAGGAGACAAGGGAGCAGUGGAUGGAGAGAUUCCUCUAACUGGCAGUUUCAACCCAAAGACUUGCUUUCAGGCCGGGGAAACCUCCGUUUUCUCAAAUAUUUACGUAUUCAUGAAUACACUCGUGUUUAUCGAUUAUUUGAUAGUAUAUAACAGACCUGAUGUGAUCAAUAGAGUAAAACUAACAGGUUUCCAGCUCACUACAUAUGAUCAGGCAAAUGGAGUCCUAUUUAUCUUUAAUGAAGGCAGUAGACCACCCGAAGGAGCGGCAAAUUAUACUAUUUUCAACCCUUGGCCUACUAAUUACUUCGCCAUGUUUAAACUCGCACAAUCCUACAAGGAAUUACAGUUCUGUGAAGUGGAGGCAUGGGGAGAUUGUGCAUCGGGAGACUAUGGCCUGGACUGUACCAAGAAGUGCAGUUUAAAAUGCAAGGACACAUACUGCGAAGUGUCAGGAAAAUGUGUAGAUUGCUUAGUUGGAUUUUGGGCAGUCGAUUGCACCGAAGCGUGUAGCAGUGGGUGCGCGGGUAAAGUAUGCAAUCAGGAAGACGGCAAUUGCACACAGGGAUGUGAAGCAGGAUUUUACAGUCCCAACUGCACACAAGUGUGUAGCAGUGGGUGCGCAGGUAAUUUAUGCAAUAUGGAAGGAGGCGAUUGCACACAGGGAUGUCUUACUGGAUACUACACUCCCGAUUGCUCAAAAGCGUGUAGCAGUGGGUGCGCGGGUAAUUUAUGCAAUCAGGAAGAAGGCGAUUGCACACAGGGAUGUCAAAAUGGAUAUUACAGUCGCAACUGCACACAAGUGUGUCCGAACUGUUUAAAUGACGGAAAAUGCGACAUGGACACAGGGCAUUGCGAGGAGGGAUGCAAAAAGGGAUAUGAACCCCCGACCUGUGAAAAUGCAUGCCCCGUUGGAAAAUAUAGCUUUGAUUGCAAAGAGAAUUGUCCUGAAAACUGCGUUGACGACUGCUCUCCAGACGAAGGUCAAUGCCACGGUAGAUGUUCAAACGAAUACUUCGGUGACAGCUGCGAAAAAAAAUGUCCUAGUGGAAUGUAUGGCCUUGACUGCAGUUCUACGUGCAGUGCACACUGCCCUCUAAACUGCACUAGAGAUGAAGGGCUCUGCCUUAUGUGUGAGACGGGAUACUAUGGCCAAAAGUGCGAAUAUAUUUGUAACGAAGGAUGUUUAGAUAACAAGUGCCACCAAGGCAACGGCUCGUGUUACGCCUGCGGCCCGAAAUACUUUUCAAGUGACUGCUCUCAAGCAUGCAGCAAAUCCUGUGGUGGUUCUGGAGAAUGUGAUGUUAUCGAUGGACAAUGUUUAUCAGGCUGUAUGGAUGGCUACCACGGCUUUUACUGUACAGAAGCCUGUAGCGGGCAUUGCAAAGGGAAGAUGACGUGCAAUGUACAAGAUGGUAAAUGCCCUGACGGAUGUGAAAAAGGAUUUGUCGGAGCAGAGUGUGACAUUGAGUGUCCAAAGAACUGCCAGAACGGGAUGUGUGAUCUGCUCAAUGCUUCGUGUACAAAUGGAUGUAUACCAGGCUAUGGAGACAUGAACUGUACUACAAACUGUACUAAUUGCAUGGAAGAACUAUGUGAGCAAGUCUCACUCAAUUGUAUUAACGGAUGCAAGAAAGGAUUCAUAGGAGAUGAUUGCAUGUCUGCAGCUUCCACAAACAAUAAUGAAGCAGAAGCAAACAGUUCGUCAACGUCCAUAAUUGUCAUUUGUAUCGCCCUGUUUAUUCUUAUCACACUUGCUCUGGCAUUUCUGCUUCGUAAAAAAACACCUGUGCCUGCGACAAUACCUGUUGAAUGAGAAAAGCAUCUAUAGCAAGGUUCUUUUAUGCGAAUCGUACAUUUUGCUAGCAAGAAACCGACCAAUGACAUAUGAAUGUAGAACAGCUUUAGAAACAUUUCUUCAUAACAGAGAAUGUUCGAAUAAACUUUUUGUAUAUACAGUAAACAUAGCCAGGCUUUUCAUUUAUUGAUUUUUUUUUUUUGGGGGGGGGGGGGACAAAGUAAUUACUAUUGAAUGACUAUUUUGACUUGAAAGACAAAGAUGAGAGAAUCGUGAUGGAUGACAGUGUGACUUGAUCAUUUCUAUUAACUAGAAUCAUCCGUGUGACAGUGACAGAAUUAUCUGUGUGACAGUGUGACGAAAUCAUCUGCAUGGCGGGAACAUAUCACCUGAAUGACGGUGACAGAAUCAUAUGUAUAGCAUUGUAAGUAUCAAAUGUUUGACAGUGACAAAAUCAUUUCUAUAACAGUGACAGAACCGUCUGUAUGACAGUGACUGAAUCUUUUUUACGACAUUGACGGUAUAACAAGAGACAGAAUUACCUUGCGAAUGUGUCUAAAUCAUUUGAGUGGCAGUAAUAUCUCUAUGACAGUGACAUAAUCAUCUGUUUAUAAUUUGCACUAGGCGCAUAGUCUUUUUUUAAAUAAUAAUAAUAAAAAUGUUUGUACUUACUUUACUAAGUUGCAAAAUUUUUACUAAUAAAUUAUGUAUAAAUAAUUAAA